GAUGAAUUUCUCAGAGAUGAAAGAUCAGGUGAUUAAUGGUGUAAAAUGGUACUUCAAUAGGAAUUGGAACAGAGACGACGUGAUGAAUAUGGAUGAAAUUUCCGACGAAGUUCACUCAACCUUGAAGAUGGUGUAUCUUAGUCUCUUCUGUGCCAUGUUGAGCAUUACUUGUGGAUCCACUUUGCAAUGGAUCUCGAUAGCUGGGGGGAAAUAUGCAGUCCUUUCUUAUGUAGCAGAUUUAAUCUUGCUUUGCCUUACUCCACCAGAGAGAGUGAACACAAGGAUCAUAAUCUCGAUGUUGACUGCCUAUUCUUUCGGUUCUUCUGUUGGCUUCAUUUUCAAUUAUCUCUUCAAAGUUGAGCAACGGUAAGACUUAAAAGAUACUAAACAUCGUUUAGAUAUCUGUUGUUCGAGUUUUCUAAUAUGAAAAUGACAUUUAGUUGUUCUCCAGGUUUGUUCUUAGACUUUUGGUAGGUAUAACAAUUGGCACUGGAAAUUUGUUGUAUCAAGCCAUCACAACAAAGGAUAGGAGAGAAAUCUACACCGGUUGCCUGAAAUAUUGCGUUGUUAUAGUGUUCUCCAUAAUUACUUUCUUUCUUUUGGAAACAGAUACAACUCUCCGGAUGAUAGUGGUAAGCAGUUGUAUGCAUACAAUGUAACUCAAGUUUGAAUGAAUAACAUGUCUGACUUGUUGAAUACUGCUUGUUGUAGAUACACAGUGUGCUGAUAUUGUUCAUGGGAUACCUUGUGAUAUAUAGCCAAGAAAUACUGUACAAUGCUGACUUUGGAGAUAUUGACUACGUUAACUGCACAUUCAACGUCUUCUUCCAUUUUCCGGGCAUAAUGAUCCAUGCUACAAGACUAUACCUGCAGGGUGAGCAACAAGAAGAGAAUUAAAGCUGAUGCAGCUUGGAAGUAUAGAAUAAUAGAGAGUAAAAUGUGCAACUUAUUGUAAAUGAUGAACAAAUAUUCCUUUGUGUCUACAUUUUACUGAUUGAAUUUGG